AUGGCCAUCUUUUCCGUGUCACCAUUUAUCGGUCCAAGCAUAGGCCCUCUACUAGGAGGGUUCAUCAACUAUUACUUGAAUUGGCGGUGGACCUACUAUGUCCUGAUCAUCUGGUCAUCUGUUCUCUGGUUGGCCAUUGUCUUUCUAGUUCCCGAAACAUACCACCCUAUCCUAUUGAGAAACAGGGCUCGCACGCUCUGCCAAGAGACUAAUGACGACAGAUGGGUCGCGCCAAUCGAAACGGCAGAGAAGUCCCUCAACUGCCCUGAUUUUUACUGGUAUUUUCACGUUCCUGGUCGAAGCGUAUCCUUUGUACAGCGCAAGCGCACUCGCGGCCAAUUCCUUGUCUAUGACGCUUACCCCGAGCCAACCACCAUCGGUGGCUCAAUUGGACUCCAGCCGAAUGGCCUACGAAUCUUCAAGGACUUGGGCCUGUACGACGAGCUUAUGGCCCGUGGGUCAAGCGGUACCAACGUCAUUCUACAUUCUGUAAAGGGUUCAGUAAUGGGCGAGCUUGAUUUCGUGUCUUGGAGCAAGAAGCAGACCGGGUGUGGGCAGUUGGAGAUCAGGAGGGUUGAUCUCAUGGAAGUGCUCUGUGGCGCGGCUCAAAGGGCAGGGAUCGAGGUUCACUACAACAAGACCCUUACGAAAAUCACUGAAGGAGACCAACAAGUCAUGGCGAGCUUCUCGGACGGGACGACAGAUACCGCACACUUUUUGCUCGGUUGUGACGGCCUUCGGUCCAACGUUCGAAAGUCCGAAACGGCGAGUGUUGAUUGUUACAAGUGA